CAGCAGGACUGAGAGUCUUGAUGUAAGUUCCCUCCCCCUUUGUUUCUCUCCUCAUUGCUCCUUUUCCACCUCUGCCCCUCCAUCUACAUGACACUGCCACAUUUCCUUGGACCAUGGUCUCCAAUUGCGGACUUCCCUCACCACACGGCACCUAUCAGAUAAUCGAACCAUUAUCUCCUAUCAUCUUCCCGUCCUUGCAGCAUAAGCACCCAAUUCGGGAAAUGCUCUCUCACCAACGUCCCGUUCACUCCCGUCCACACCACCAAACUCAAUGUGAAUAACCAUGAGACUAACAAAUCCCACCAGGCCCGUACCCCUCGCAAGGUUCCCCUGAUGCAAGGCUUCCGCACCUCGGCCCCUACCAACGCCUCCAUCAACCCCUCCUUCUUCGCCAACGGCAUCGACGCCGUCGUCCUUCCCAACCUUGCCGCCACAGAAUCCAGCCAUGCCUCUGCUUUCCACCCCACCUACUUUGACACCAUUCGUGUCCCCCUGCUCCCAGACAACAAGACCCCUCCUCCCCCCACGGUGCAGCGCAUGCCGCUCUUUGACGAGCUAAAACCCGAGCAGCGCGGCGAGGUCGCCUCUGAGGGUGACGCUGACCUGAUGGCCAGCAAGCCCGCUGUCGCCGUCGUCGCCAACAAGCCCGGCCAGGUGCUCCCCGCCUCGCUCAGCCAGGAGGUUGUCGACUUGGACAACUGGACUGGUGCUGACUGGGUUAGCCUGGGCUUCGUCCGUGACAUUGCGCGCGACGAGGCUAAGGCGCAAGAGGAGCAGGCUGGUAGCCAGGGUAUGAUUAGGGAUCUGUGGAGUGGUAUGGUGGAGGAUGUGUUUGGCGCUCGUGCUAAAGGUGGCUCCAAAGCUUGAUGUUCUCUCUCUCUCUCUCUCCACUAAACGCGAGAAGAUUUCAUUGAGUUUUUGAUCACUGGAGCGAGCGGUAAUGGGUUUGACACAUGGUCAUGGGUUUCCUUUUUUUGCAUAUGAGUACCUCUAUGUACACGACUGGGUCUCUUGUUGUUUGGUUUUGGGCGGAGCAGGUGUUUUGGGUCCUUUGAUUGUUUUCUUACUGUCUUCUUUCCUUGUCACGAUAGGUGGAAGACUGGCGACAACGUCUCAAGCAGUCUUGUCUGUCUUUUGGAUAGUUAUUACUUACUACCCUACGAGCGAAUCACUCGUGGGCUCGCUGACUCGAUAACGGAAUUGAGAAAGGCUAGAGCCUCGAAAUUCAUCAUCAUUUAACAA